AUGCCAUCGAACACAUCCUCCGAAAAGGCCCCUCCCCUCAUCAACACCCACAAAGAAAUCAUCUACACAAACUACUCCCCCCGUUGUCCUAAUUGCAUCUCCGCCAUCCGCGCCGCCGCUUUCCUCGCCUUCGACACCGACGACUACACCCCCAAAGACAUUGGACACUCCGAGCACCGUGAUAGCGACCAAGCAUCCGUUAGUACUGACUCGGAGGUAGGAUACGUUCCCCGCGAGGCCAACGGCAACUGGAGGAUCGAAAUCAUGAAUAAAUACGACAUCGGACUGAAGAGGGAGAGGGCAACCAGGCCGAUUUCUCCUGCCCCACCAUCCCCAUUGUUGUCUCCGCAAGGGAGGAAAGCUAGCUCUGGGAUUUUUGGUUCUGGCAAUGACUCGGAGUCGUCUGCUCGUGGAUCCGGGACUUCCUUGAGUUCAAAGACUACCUCUGGUUCAAUCUCCGGCGGUGACUCUAAAGCUGGAUACAUUUCCAGUUCCAGUUGCAAAUCCCCAGCUCGUGGAUCCGGCACCCCCCUUACCCCGAAGUCCGCCACCCCGAAGCUCACCCGCGAUUCAAGCUCUGGUGGUAGUUCUAGCUCUCUUUCGGCUGCUACAUCGCGUUUCGGGAGCUUAUUGCUGGCGCCUCUAGUGUCUUCGAAGCACAAUCCUGAGGACGGGUUGAGCAAAGGGGAAGAAGCGCGACUGAAGAAAUUGCAAGAAGAGAGUAAGCUUCGAUUUCUCGAACAGUUUCCGAAACGUGACUGA